UUAGACAGUGAUUGCCAGAGUGGUUCCGUAUGUGGUCGUGAAAUAUUGGAUUUGUUUAUCAUCAAAACAUUCCGAAAGUGCAGUUAAAAUUAAUUUUGACAGUCGGUGGAAGAUUGCCGAAAAUAUCGGUGAUAACUGCGUGCCAGCUGAUUCAGUACAUCGGCAUUGGUUUAAAUCGAAAAUUGUAUUGAAUAGAAGAGCACACAGGUAAUGAUCAAUUCUUUCAUUAUCAUGCACAGGUACCAGAGCAUUUUACUACGGAUUCUGUAAGCGUCACAAUGAGUGAACAUUUGAAACUGGUUACCGGACCGGUGGAUCGUGCCUUAGCCGGCAAAGCACCCUGGCAGAUAGUGGCCAUUACAACCAGCACGGUACUGGGGACGAUUUGGUUGUGGAAUUUGCUGGCCGAAGAUGAAAGUCUUUACUCGCGCCUAAAGCGACGUUUCUUCAAAUUGGCACGCCGAAUACCGUCCGUUCGGCAAAAAAUAGAAACCGAAAUUGCCAAAAUCAACGACGGAUUUACCAAAGACGCCGCACAAUAUGGCCAAUUCAUCACCGUCCUGCCGCAGGGUGGUCUACGACAAGAUGAAGUCCUGCAAAAAGUCGAUGAAUAUCUUGCCCUUGGACAUUACAAAUGGAAGGAAGGCUUCAUUUCCGGGGCGGUGUACUACUACAACCCGGACUUGGUGAAGCUGGUAACGGAAGUGUACGGGAAGGCAUCGUACACUAAUCCUCUGCAUGUGGACGUUUUCCCCGGCAUUUGCAAAAUGGAAGCCGAGGUGAUCCGUAUGACAGCUACGCUGUUCAAUGGUGGUGCCAAGGCGUGCGGAACGAUGACUACGGGUGGAACUGAAUCCAUCAUGAUGGCUUGCAAAGCCUACAGGGACUACGGACGCGAUGUGAAAGGAAUCACGAAGCCAAACAUUGUUCUGCCAGUGACGGCUCACACAGCUUUCGAUAAGUCGGCCAAGUACUUUGGAAUGUUUACCAAAACGGUUCCGGUUGAUCCUAGAACCACCGAAGUUGAUAUUAAAGCUAUGGAACGAGCGAUCAAUUGCAACACAAUAAUGCUGGUUGGCUCAGCUCCAAACUAUCCAUAUGGUACUAUGGAUAACAUCGAAGCAAUUGCCAAACUGGGUAAAAAGUACAAUAUCCCUGUACAUGUGGAUGCCUGUUUGGGAGGAUUUUUGAUCAUCUUCAUGAAACGCGCUGGUUACCAAGUGAGGCCGUUUGAUUUUAGCUUAGAUGGCGUAACGAGUAUUUCUGCAGAUACUCACAAGUACGGGUUCACACCCAAGGGGUCAUCGGUAAUCCUAUAUUCGGAGAAAAAGUAUCGUCACUAUCAGUACACAGUGACGACGGACUGGCCCGGUGGCGUGUACGGUUCGCCAACCGUCAAUGGAUCUCGUGCUGGCGGAAUCAUUGCAGCAACUUGGGCCACUAUGAUGAACUUCGGCCUCGAUGGCUACGUGGAAGCCACCAAGAGAAUUAUUGAUACUGCACGCUAUAUUGAAGCACAACUCCGCAAAAUCGACAACAUCUAUGUCUUUGGUACUCCGGCAACGAGUGUGGUAGCAAUUGGUUCGAAGGACUUCGAUAUUUUCCGUCUAUCUUCCGAGCUUAAUUCCUUAGGAUGGAAUCUGAAUUCACUUCAGUUCCCUUCAGGAAUUCACAUAUGCGUCACUUACAUGCAUACGCAAGACGGCAUUGCUGAUAAGUUUGUCAACGAUGUCCGCUCGAAGGUUGCCCUGGUCAUGAAGAACCCGGAAAAGCCAGUGGAAGGAAAGAUGGCCAUCUAUGGAGUCGCCCAGGCUGUGCCCGAUCGGGAAGUGAUAGGAGAUUUCACCAAAUGUUUCAUCGAUUCCAUGUACUACACACCGGAGAGCCAAUAGAAACAUAGGCAAUGGAUGCGAUAAAUGUUGGAUGUAUGUUCCCACCUUCUAAAUUGUUAUGUGUUCAGCAAGUUCAUAGUAGGAGAAAGCUACAUCACCAGCAUCAACAUGAUUUCAUAAACAAUGUUCGCGGAGAAUGUGUCGUUUAUGUGCAUUAUGUAUUGAUUGUUUAUUACAGAAGUGACUAACGAAAAAUAUAUUUAUGAAAAUAAAACAUGAGUUCAAAUAUCA